AUGAGUGAGGGAUAUGCUUGGAUUAUAACUGACAAGGCUAUGGACCUCUUGCAUUCAAUGGAUUCUUCUGUACUCAUUGAGUCAAUACAAGGCGCACUAGGUUUCAAGUCUUAUAUUCCACCAUUAAGCAAGCUCCACAACUUCACAAUAAGAUGGAGAAGGAAAAUGCGUAUGGAAAACCCCAAUAUGGAAAUGAUGGAGUUAAAUGUGUUUGGCAUAUGGGCAUAUGAUGCAAUUUGGGCCCUAGCAAGGGCAGUGGAGAAGGUAGCAGAUAAGAUUUCUCAAACCAAGGAACAAAGUGCAGCAUUGAACAUGACAGACUUAGCUAACAUUGGAGCUUCUCAAAGUGGCUCAAUAAUUCUAAACGAGUUAUUGCAAAUUAAAUUUAGGGGUUUAAGUGGUGAGUUCCAAUUUAUGUACGGGAAACUAAUCUCUAGGGCAUUUGAAAUAGUGAAUGUAUUAGGCAAAAGGGAGAGAAGAGUUGGAUUUUGGACACUGACUGAUGGAAUCACUAAAGAAAUGAAUCCAUAUGUUAAUGAAAAAUAUCUGAGGUCUUCAAGUACUAAUACAGGUCUUGAAACCAUUAUCUGGCUGGGAGGAUCUACAACUACUCCAAAAGGUUGGUUGAUGCGAAUGAAUGGUAAAAAGCUAAGAAUUGGAGUACCAGUGAAUCAAGGGUUCAAAGAGUUGAUAAAGGUGCAGCGUGAUCCUCAAACAAAUGCUACAACUGCCAUCGGUUUCUGCAUUGAUGUAUUCAUUGCUGCCAUUGAUGGCUUACUAAGUACUGAAUCAUAUGAGUUUAUUCCAUUUGAGGAUUCCAAUGGGGAGCCGGCGGGAAACUAUAACAAUCUUAUAUAUCAGGUCUAUCUUCAGAAUUAUGAUGUUGUCAUGGGGGAUACUACAAUAACGGCUAAUAGAUCUCUAUAUGUUGACUUUACAAUGCCAUAUACCGACUUGGGUGUUGGAACAAUAGCAAGGGUUGACAAUAAGAAUAUGUGGAUCUUCUUGAAGCCACUUGAUUCAAAUCUAUGGCUGACAAGUGCUGUUUUCUUUCUCCUAACCGGCUUUGUUGUUUGGGUUAUUGAACAUCCAGUAAAUGAAGAAUUCCAAGGUUCUGCAGCUCAGCAAAUGGAAAUGAUCUUCUGGUUCUCCUUCUCAACCCUUGUUUUCACUCAUAGAGAAAAGUUAUUGAAUAAUUUGUCAAGGUUUACAGUAAUUGUUUGGGUGUUCAUUGUGCUUUUAUUGGCUGCAAGCUACACUGCAACUUUAUCUUCAAUGCUGACGGUCUAG